AUGGCCUACGCCAAGGCGCCCGGCUAUGGCUCCGCCAUCUCCGUGCGGGCGCGAGCUCUCGCCGCGGCGCGAGCGGCGCGCUGGCCGUCCAAGCGCCGGCUCCGGCGCAGCCGGCCUUCGCGCCCGCGGAAGUCGCGAAUUCGGGGGCCGGGCGGCUACCCCAGGGUCGGCGGCAAAGUCCACCAGCUGCUGCAGCAGGAGGUGGAGGUGAACAUCCCAGAGCUGCAAGCGGAGCUGUCAACGAAGGCUGCGGAGGCUGUGCGGAGGGGCCACCGUUGCCUGCCAGCCUUUGACGGGGAGGUGCUCUGCGUGAGCCUGGCCGCCUGUCAAUCCCGGCGCCGGCACACGGAGCUGGAGCUGUCGCGCUGGGGCUUCCCAGCGCCUCAUUUCGUGGAUGCCUUUGGGCCAAGUGCCGCGGAGGUGCUGCAGGCCUUCAACUCUCCGCGCGUGGCCAAGUUCCCGCCUUGCUUCCGCUGCGGCAUGGUGGACGACUGCUGCUGCGCCAACAACGACAUGCUCCUGGAGCAGAUCGCCAACUGGCUUUCCUUUCGAAAGGCGUGGGCCAUCAUCGCGGACUCGGAGCGGGAGUGGCAUCUGCUGGUGGAGGAUGACCUGAAGUUUACGCACAAAGCUGCGGAGUGUUGGAACGAGCUCAUUACGCCAGAGCUGUUGAUGGAGAAUGCAGGCGUGCCUUGCCUGGUGCGGUGCGGCUGGCAGCUGGGCCUGGAGUACUUGGACGAAGACCCCUGCGAGCUGCUGGAGGAUGCCGUGCGCAUGUCCAACCACUGCUCGCUGAUGAACCGGGCCAUGGCGCGCGAGUUGCUGCAGGGCAGCGAGGAGCACAUUUGCGCCACCUCGGACGUCUACACCCACGAGGUGGUGGCCCCCGCGCAUCGCCACUUCACCAUGUUUCCGCCCAUCUCCUAUGACCUCUCCUUUGCGCUGAAGGUCCCAUCGCUGAUCCGGCCCAAAGGCACCGCAGAGGACGACCUGCAGCACGCCAUGGCCGUGGAGCGCGCCCGGAGGGUGGAGGUGCACAACAUCCGCGUCUGGCUGCAGACCUUGGUCUGGGUGCGGGGGCCGGUGGUUCAGCUGGACCUUCCGCUGCUGCAAAGCUGGACGGCGGUUGGAGAAGGUGAGGAGGAGCCGCUCGUUGGGUGA